AGCAGCCGCGGCAGCUCGGCUCAGGUCAGUCAGCCCAGUCAGCAGUCAUCCCCGCAUCUAUCUAUAUUCCCUUUUCUUAAAUUAGCCACUUUAAGCUUCGCGAUACCGCCCCCAAUUUCAGCGUCGGUACGGAGCCGCCAGGCCGGGACAGAGACGGAGAGAGAGGCCUCGGCCAUGGAAGCGCUCGGACCCGGCCCUCCUGCCCCGACCUCUCUGUUCCAGCCUCCGCGGCGUCCCGGCCUCGGCACGGUGGGGAAACCCAUCCGGCUCCUUGCCAACCACUUCCAGGUGCAGAUUCCCAAGAUUGACGUCUAUCACUAUGAUAUCGACAUCAAGCCUGAGAAACGGCCUCGAAGGGUCAACAGGGAGGUGGUGGACACCAUGGUCCGGCACUUCAAGAUGCAGAUCUUCGGUGACCGGCAGCCUGGAUACGACGGGAAGAGGAACAUGUACACGGCACACCCACUGCCCAUCGGGAGAGACCGGGUGGAUCUGGAAGUCACCCUUCCCGGGGAGGGCAAGGACCAGACCUUCAAGGUGUCCCUGCAGUGGGUGUCGGUGGUCAGUCUGCAGAUGCUGCUGGAGGCGCUGUCGGGUCACCUGAACGAAGUCCCGGAAGACUCCGUCCAGGCCCUGGACGUCAUCACGCGGCAUCUCCCGUCCAUGAGGUACACUCCAGUGGGGCGCUCCUUCUUCUCCCCUCCAGAGGGGUACUACCAUCCUCUGGGGGGGGGCCGCGAGGUGUGGUUCGGGUUCCAUCAGUCCGUCCGUCCCGCCAUGUGGAACAUGAUGCUCAACAUCGACGUGUCGGCCACGGCUUUCUACCGCGCUCAGCCAGUGAUCGAGUUCAUGUGCGAAGUCCUCGAUAUUCAGAACAUCAACGAACAGACCAAACCGCUGACCGACUCGCAGCGGGUCAAAUUCACCAAGGAAAUACGAGGUUUGAAAGUUGAGGUGACGCACUGUGGUCAGAUGAAGAGGAAGUAUCGAGUGUGUAACGUCACGCGCCGCCCUGCCAGCCACCAGACGUUCCCCCUGCAGCUGGAGAACGGUCAAGCCAUGGAGUGCACAGUAGCUCAGUAUUUCAAGCAGAAGUACAAUCUCCAGCUGAAGUACCCUCAUUUACCCUGCCUGCAAGUGGGGCAGGAGCAGAAGCACACCUACCUUCCUCUGGAGGUCUGUAACAUCGUGGCAGGUCAGCGCUGCAUCAAGAAGCUCACAGACAACCAGACGUCCACCAUGAUUAAAGCCACGGCGCGUUCAGCCCCCGACCGGCAGGAGGAGAUCAGCCGACUGGUGAAGAGUAACAGCAUGGUGGGGGGCCCGGACCCCUACCUGAAGGAGUUUGGCAUUGUCGUGCACAAUGACAUGACGGAGGUGACCGGACGUGUGCUCCCAGCGCCCAUGCUGCAGUAUGGGGGCCGGGUGAGUACCGACACAGGGCGGGACUGUGGCAGGGGACUCUCUCCGCAGAAUAAGACGGUGGCCACGCCCAACCAGGGCGUGUGGGACAUGAGGGGGAAGCAGUUCUACGCCGGGAUCGAGAUCAAGGUGUGGGCGGUGGCCUGCUUCGCCCCUCAGAAGCAGUGCCGGGAGGACCUGCUCAAGAGCUUCACAGACCAGCUGAGGAAGAUCUCAAAGGAUGCUGGGAUGCCCAUCCAGGGCCAGCCAUGUUUCUGUAAAUACGCCCAAGGAGCCGACAGUGUGGAGCCCAUGUUCAAACACCUCAAGAUGUCGUACGUCGGCCUGCAGCUCAUCGUGGUCAUCCUGCCUGGGAAAACGCCGGUUUACGCCGAGGUGAAGCGGGUCGGCGACACCCUCCUCGGGAUGGCCACGCAGUGCGUGCAGGUGAAGAACGUGGUGAAGACGUCCCCCCAGACCCUCUCCAACCUCUGCCUCAAGAUCAACGCCAAGCUGGGAGGCAUCAACAACGUCCUGGUGCCUCAUCAGAGGCCCUCUGUGUUUCAGCAGCCCGUCAUCUUCCUGGGGGCCGACGUGACGCACCCCCCCGCCGGGGACGGGAAGAAGCCGUCCAUCGCGGCGGUGGUGGGCAGCAUGGACGGCCACCCCAGCCGGUACUGCGCCACCGUGCGGGUCCAGACGUCUCGACAAGACAUGUCCCAGGUCUCAAACACUGAAGAGCAGCUCUUCAGUCAGGAGGUCAUUCAAGAUCUGACCAACAUGGUGCGAGAGCUGCUCAUCCAGUUCUACAAGUCCACGCGCUUCAAGCCCACGCGCAUCAUCUACUACCGCGGCGGCGUGUCCGAGGGCCAGAUGAAGCAGGUGGCGUGGCCCGAGCUGAUCGCCAUCAGGAAGGCGUGCAUCAGUCUGGAGGAGGACUACCGGCCCGGCAUCACCUACAUCGUGGUGCAGAAGCGUCACCACACUCGCCUCUUCUGCUCGGACAAGGCCGAGCGGGUGGGGAAGAGCGGCAACGUUCCGGCCGGCACCACCGUGGACAGCACCAUCACACACCCGUCCGAGUUCGACUUCUACCUGUGCAGCCACGCUGGGAUUCAAGGAACCAGCCGUCCCUCCCACUACCACGUCCUGUGGGACGACAACUGCUUCACGGCCGACGAGCUGCAGCUCCUCACCUACCAGCUGUGCCACACCUACGUUCGCUGCACCCGCUCCGUCUCCAUCCCGGCGCCCGCCUACUACGCCAGGCUGGUGGCUUUCCGAGCCCGCUACCACCUGGUGGACAAGGACCACGACAGUGCUGAGGGCAGCCACGUGUCGGGUCAGAGUAACGGCCGGGACCCCCAGGCGCUGGCCAAGGCCGUCCAGAUCCACUAUGAUACCCAGCACACCAUGUACUUUGCCUGAGCUCGCCAGUAUGUCAGCCAGUCCACUUCCUUUAAUCUCCUCUCCUCUCCUUUUUUUUUUUUUUUUUUUUUUUGGUGUUGUUUUGCCCCCCCUCCCCCAUCGUCUCUUCUUCCUCACACUCUUUAUCUGAAUCGGCACCAAAGCGGCUCUCAGAGGCGACGUGGAGGUUUCCCCCUUUUUUUUUUUUUUUUUUUUUUUUUCCCCACCCGACAACCUCCCAAACCAGCGUGCUGUUUUUUUUGUUUUUUUUUGUCAUCCCUCCGCUCGAGCCGCCGUUUCAACCAGCAUCCUCGUGCUGCGAGCCCGGAGGGUUUCCACUGCACAAAGAUAAAGAGAAAACAAGACAAAAAAAAAAAAAAAAAAAAAUACACAACAGCAACCACAACAAAGCCCACACCAACGCACGAAAAAACAAAAACAAACCACACACACCACAGUCGAGCCAUUACUUUGCGUUUGUUUUUGUUUUUUCUAUCUGAAUGUCUGCACUGGCGUCGGCGUUCCGUGAGACACGGAGCGAGGGCGGUGGAGCGGCGCCGCCAGCACACCGCCCCGCUCCCCCAGUUCAAGCAGGACUCUUAUCUACUUUUACCUCAAAGCCCCUUCGGGGCGCAAAACUCUGUCACAAGGUCUUGGGUUUAUGGGGAGGCGGGGCGGGGACUCCAACAUGGACGGGAGUUUUACCUUUUCAGAAUGAUAUAUAUAUUUUUUUCCUUUUUACGAGUGUGUGUUUUAACCUUUUCUCCUUUUUCGGUCUUUUACAAAAGCGAGGUGACCUGGGUGUCCAUGCCCAUAGCUACUUUUCCUCCCAUUUUAAGCGAAGCGUGUGUGAGUGUGUGUGUGUGUUGAUCUCUGUAUAUACAUGUACUGCUGUAUGAGUGCGUUUGUUGCGUGCGCGCGUGUGUGUGUGUGUGUAUUUCAUGGCAGGCCACUGAAUUGUAAAGGGAAAUCAAGGAAAUAACUGCUGUAAAUGCCUCAGAUUUGUUGUUUUUAUAUUCACACAUACAGUACAUAUAAGCAUAUAUUUACAUCUAUAGAGCAACUUUGAGACAUAUGACUUAAACGGGGCCUCCUGGAGGCCGCUGUGGGUAUUUGUAGCAGCCCUGGGCCGCCGCACCGGCCGGAGCGACUCCAGCGACGGGAUCUUUGCGGGUCCCGGUCGGGCGAGUCGCUUGGCGCGGUGGGCCGGUCCAGGUCUGAUGUGUAGCAGUAGCGACCGCGGUCCGGCGAGCGUCCGGCUCGGCAUCGGGACCUCUCCACCAGCUGAAGGCAUUAAAACUCAGAUUACGGUCUUAUCAAAACCGCCACGGGCGGGAUCUUACUUCUCUUCGGACCUGAUGAUAUGAUGACACUGCUGGACGUUGUAUGUUUUAUUAUUAUUAAUAUUAUUAUUAUUUUGUAGUACUUUUAAAAGGCCUAAAACCACAACUUAUUUUUAUUUGGACUUUUUAAAUUGGAGGUCUCCUUUGCUGAUAUUGGCCAAUUCAUUGCACUGACCCGGGACGCUAGGCAAGUAACAGAGGGCACUCUCAAUCUCUCUUACCUUUAUGCAUUUAUACAUACGAAUCAACAAAGCAGAUUUGUAAAAGUUUAAUAUAAGACGUUUUGUGGUUAUCUUAAAUACUGUUGUUUAGAGCUAGUAGUUUACCAUUGAUGUUGUUGUCGUCGUCGUCGUCAAUGUUGUUGCUAUAUUGUGAUGAAAUUUUAAGGACGGGCAGCGAAGCCGGCGCUUCUCGUUUGGCCGGUUGGAUUUCAGGAACGGAGUCGGGUCGCGGAGCCGCGGGUCGGGAGGCUUUUCUUCAUCGUAGCAUUGUGGUGGGGAGCGGUGCGGGGCGGGGGAGGGGCUGCCGGGACCGUGUAGCACUCGCACCGCGAACAGAUCUGUCGUCAACGCGUCGGUUUGGACGGGCUGGGUCGGAGGAGACAAUCAGGAGUGUGUUUUGGGGGACGGAGCGGUCAGCGGCCGGCAAUGAGUCGAGUUUUUAGACUUUUUAACGAGGUUUCUAUAACUGUGUUUGAAGUAUACCCAUCUGGAAGUCCAUUUAACAGUGCUCCUUUCAGAUUUUUAUGCAUUUCUCAACACUGGAUCAAGUGAGUUGUUGUCUGCACUGCCCGGAGACGCCCCUCGUCUUCCCCGCCCCCCCCGGUGUCGGGCGGCGGCGCUGCAUGGGGAGCGGUCGGCGUUCACGCCUCGUCAGGGGGGCAACGCUCAGCGGAUGAAGCUCUUUUGUAAUAAACCGCCCGUAAUGCAGCAGGUUUACUAUGAUCGAGUUUGAGCACCUUCCUGCCGAAGGCGUGGACGCUGGCGUGGAGGAGCGGAGCGGGGCGGGGGCGGGGCGGGGCGGAGGGGGCGGGGCUCGAGAGGGCGUCGUCGAGGCUGUGCAGGCAGGGAGCGGUUAAAACGGGCAAAUGCUGUUUUUCUUUCUUUGAUUUCUUAAGUGCACUAGUUUGACAAUAAAUAUCCAUCCAGCAGCUCCAAAGAAAAAAUCCUUUCAAUCAAGUCAGGCGUGCAGCGGUUCGCACUCUCGGUUCUCACAGCAAGACGAUCCCCCCGUUCAAGUCCCGGCUGUGCGUCUUCCCUCGUUUCCUCCUGAGGUGAAUUGGCGUCUUUAACGGUUUUUAACCUGCGUUCGUACGAGCCGAGCCGUCGGAGCUGUGCGCAGCGCUCCAGGAGGUGGAUGGAUAUUUCAGACCCCCCUCCCAAUCCGUGUCGCAACCUUUCCAAAGCAAUAUUAACCCAGUUCCAAGUUGUCGAAAAGCGGAGAAACAAAAAGCUAUGAUUCUGCUCAUUGCGGUUGGUCGACUCUCGCUAUCGUGUGUCUGUACUUUAAGAAAAAAAGAAAAAAAGAUUUCUGUUUCUUGGUUUAAUUUUAUUUGCUUGUAUCAAUCAGUGGGAAUGUGCAUUUGGUGGACUAGUUUAAUAGGCUUUAGACAAUUUUCUUUUGAAGUAACAAAGUGUAGACUUUGCUCGCCUGCAUGCCGGAGUAUCGUCCUUUUUAAAAGAGAAAAAAAAAAAAUGUUUUGGAAUCAUAUUUAUUACGAGAAAAGAAAAAGA